AUGACGCGGCGGCGGCGGCCUGAGAUGCGGAGGUCUCCUGUGGUGCAGGAAGCGCUCUUUGUAGGUUGCGGUCUGAUCUUCUGUAACGGGCGGACUGUGAGAGCAGCUGAUCCUCCCUGCAGCAUCCAAGGACUGCCCAAUCCUCCUCAACUCAGUAAAGAUGGGGAUGUACUGAUUGGUGGGAUCUUUUCUUUCCACAACAAAUGGGAGCAGGCAGCACAAACAUUCACAUCAGGGCCAAAGAAAGGAGAAUGUAUAAGUUUGAACCUUAGAGAAUUUCAAAGUGCACAAACAAUGGUAUUUACAAUUGAAGAAAUCAACAGCAGAACUGAUAUUCUUCCUGACAUCAAUUUAGGUUAUAAAAUUUAUGAUACAUGUGGAUCAGUUGAAAUGACCACAAGAGCUGCCUUGUUUUUAGUCAAUGGUCAUGGAGAAAAUACAACUUCAGUGAACUGCUCCAAACCUGACACUGUUCAAGCAAUUAUAGGGCAAACAUCAUCUACUCCGACUAUUGCAAUCUCUACUACAGUGGGGCCUUUGCACAUUCCUGUGGUUAGUCACUUUGCAUCAUGUGCAUGCCUAAGUGACAGAAAAAAACACCCAUCUUUCUUCAGAACACUUCCCAGUGAUUAUUUCCAGAGCAGAGCUUUGGCAAAGCUCGUCAAACAUUUUGGAUGGACCUGGGUGGGGGCUCUGUGCAGUGAUAAUGACUAUGGGAAUAGUGGUAUAAAUGCAUUUAUCAGUGCUGCCAAACAAGAGGGAAUCUGUAUUGAGUAUUCCAAAGCAUUUUUCAAGACAGACUCCAGAGAAAAAAUUUUGAAAAUAAUUGAGAUUAUCAAGACUUCAACCUCCAAAGUGAUUGUUGCUUUUGUUGCAUACUCUGACUUUGGUUUUCUUCUGAGGGAAAUGGUCUUGCAGAACAUGACUGGGUUUCAGUGGAUUGGAAGUGAGUCCUGGAUAUCCGAUUUGAACACUGCCAAUGCUGAAUGGCAACAUAUUCUGAAAGGGUCUGUGGGUUUUGCUAUCCCAAAAGCUAAUAUCAAUGGCCUAGGGUCAUUUUUGACUAAGCUUACUCCAGAUUCUCAUGUAGCUCUUUACAAGGAGGUAUGGGAGACAAUAUUUCAAUGUAAACUUCUGACUCAAGAAAAUGUUGAAAUGAAACAGUUGUGCCAAGGCAAUGAAAGCCUCACUCAUGUUCAAAACAUGUAUACAGAUGUUUCAGACUUACGAAUUGCAAAUAAUGUUUAUAAGGCUGUGUAUGCUGUGGCUUAUGCCCUACAUAAAAGUUAUGGCUGUUCAGAAAGGGACAAUGGACAAGAAAUGAAUGAGUUGAAGAAAAUCCAUUUCACCACUACAGCAGGAGAGGAUGUAUUCUUUGAUGAGAAUGGAGACCCAGCAGCACGGUAUGAUGUGCUGAACUGGCAGCAAGGUAAAGAUGGAAAAACAGUGUUUGUUAAAGUUGGAUUCUAUGAUGCAUCUCUGCAAACUGACCUUCAGCUGUCUUUUAACAACAACAGUAUAGCCUGGGCUCACAGUAAACUACAGGUACCAGUCUCUGUGUGUAGUCACAGUUGUCCCCCAGGCUUCAGGAAGGCUGUGCAGAAAGGAAGGCCAAUCUGCUGCUUUGACUGUAUACCAUGUGCAGAGGGGGAAAUCAGUAAUUUAUCAGAUUCUAUAUCUUGCAUCAAGUGCCCUCCUGAAUUGUGGUCUAAUGAAAAGAAAGAUGCCUGUGUCUUAAAACUGGUGGAAUUCCUGUCAUAUGAGGAAAUAAUGGGAAUCAUUCUGGUAUCAUUUUCUAUGUUAGGAGUAGUUUUCACCAUCUGCAUUGCAGUAAUUUUCUUCAAACACAAGGACACACCAAUUGUUAGAGCAAAUAAUUCUGAACUGAGCUUUCUGCUGCUCUUCUCUCUGACUCUGUGUUUCCUGUGUUCACUUACUUUUAUUGGAAGGCCCUCUGAGUGGUCCUGUAUGCUGCGCCACACAGCAUUUGGGAUCACCUUUGUCCUCUGUAUCUCCUGUGUUCUGGGGAAAACAGUAGUUGUGUUAAUGGCCUUCAGGGCUACACUUCCAGGAAGCAAUGUCAUGAAGUGGUUUGGGCCUCUACAGCAGAGACUCAGUGUACUUGCCUUCACUCUUUUACAGAUCAUUAUUUGUGUACUUUGGUUAACAAUAUCCCCUCCUUUUCCUCACAAUAAUAUGAACUACUACAAAGAAAAGAUUAUAUUAGAAUGUCAUGUAGGCUCAGUUAUUGGUUUCUGGGCAGUGCUGGGUUAUAUAGGGUUCCUGGCUCUUUUGUGUUUUAUUUUGGCUUUCCUGGCCCGGAAGUUGCCUGACAAUUUCAAUGAAGCCAAAUUCAUCACAUUCAGCAUGCUGAUAUUCUGUGCAGUUUGGAUCACAUUUAUUCCAGCUUAUGUCAGCUCUCCUGGAAAAUUCACUGUAGCUGUGGAGAUAUUUGCAAUUUUAGCAUCAAGCUUUGGUUUACUAUUUUGCAUAUUUGUUCCAAAAUGUUAUAUAAUCAUGCUGAAACCAGAAAAAAAUACAAAAAAGCAAAUGAUGGCUAAAGCACCCGUGAAAUGA